CUAGAGUCCAGUGGUGGUGUGCUUUACACCACUGCAUCCGAUGCUUUCCACUGCACUUGGUGAUGUAAGGUUGGAUGCAGCUGCUCGGUCAUGGAAACCCAUUCCAUGAAGCUCUCUACGCACUGUUGUUGUGCUAAUCUGAAGGCCACACAAAGUUUGGAGGUCGUUAGCUAUUGACUCUGCAGACAGUUGGCGACUUCUGCGCAAUGUGCGCUUCAGCAAGCGCUGACCCCUGCUCUGUUAUUUUACGUGGCCUACCACUUGGUGGCUGGGUUGCUGUUGUUCCCAGUUGCUUCCACUUUGUUAUAAUACCACUAACAAGUGACCGUGGAAUAUUUAGUAAUAUGGAAAUUUCACGGAUGGACUUAUUGCAUAGGUGGCAACCUAUCACGGUACCACGCUUGAAUUCACUGAGCUCCUUAGAGCGACCCAUUCUUUCACAAAUGUUUGUAGAAGCAGUGCUUGAUUUUAUACACCUGUGGCCAUGGAGGUGAUUGGAACACCUAAAUUCAAUGAUUUGGAGGGGUGUCCCAAUACUUUUGGCAAUAAUAUAGUGUAUAUUACUGU